AAACCAAAACACAACAACAACAACAUCUUCACUGAAAAUCCACACAACCUUUCAAAAUGAAGUCCAGAUUUACGACGAUUGACCUCCGGGCAAUACUUUACGAGAUUGGAUCCAAAUUGCUUGGACUUCGUGUACUUAAUGUCUAUGAUGUCAACAACAAAACCUACUUGAUUCGACUUGGAGGGACUGACCAGAAAGUUGUCCUGCUCUUCGAGUCUGGAACUCGCAUGCACACCACUUCGUUUGAUUGGCCCAAGAGUCAGAUGCCAUCAAACUUUUCCAUGAAGUUGAGGAAACACUUGAAGUCUAGACGUUUAACGGAGAUCAAGCAGCUAGGUGUUGACAGAGUUGUAGACUUGCAGUUUGGCUCUGAUGAGGCUGCUUAUCAUGUUAUUGUUGAGCUCUAUGACAGGGGAAACGUUGCAUUGACAGAUCAUGAGUACACUAUCUUGACUCUUCUGAGGACACGUAAAGACAGUGAGGAUGUCAGGUUUGCAGUCAGAGAGAGAUAUCCCGUAGACACAGCCAGACAUCCAGACGCUAUUCCAUCAUUAGAGAGGAUACAAGAGAUCUUGGCUGCAGGGAAACCAGGAGAUAACAUCAGAAAACUACUCAACCCUCAUUUUAUCUAUGGACCUGCCUUAAUUGAGCAUUGCCUUCUGAACCAAGGAUUCCCUUCAAAUGCAAAAGGAAACAAUGGAUUCGACAUUCAACAAGAUAUGUCCCGAGUGAUGACAUCGUUGUCAGAAGGAGAGCAGUAUGUGGAGAAAUCAGGAUCAGAAUGCAAGGGUUAUAUCGUUCAGAAGAGAGAAAAGAAGCCAGCAGCAUCGCAAGAUGGUGAAGAUGCAGAGCUAUUGACGUACACUGAGUUUCACCCAUUUCUCUUCAAACAACAUGAGUCCCAACCAUACCUAGAAUUUGACACUUUUGAUCAGGCUGCGGAUGAAUUCUUCUCAAAAAUGGAAAGUCAGAAGUUGGACAUGAAGGUUAUUCAACAGGAAAGAGGUGCACUAAAGAAGCUGGACAAUGUGAAGAAGGAUCAUGAAAAGAGGAUAAGUUCACUUCAACAAAAUCAGGAACUAAAUGAAAAGAAAGGGGCUCUGAUUGAAAUCAAUCUCCCACUGGUAGAGCAGGCUCUUCGAGUGGUUCGUAGUGCUGUAGCCAACCAGAUAGACUGGAAGGAGAUUGAUAGUAUCAUCAAGGAGGCUCAAACACAGGGUGACCCUGUAGCGUUAGCCAUCAAAAGCUUGAGACUGGACACUAACCAUUUCCAGAUGCUUCUCAGGGAUCCUUACAAACAGUAUGAUGAUGCUGAUGAAGGGGAGGAGGAUGUAGCUCGACCAAUGUUAGUAGACAUUGAUAUCGCCCAGUCAGCAUAUGCCAAUGCUAGAAAGUACUUUGUUCAGAAGAAGACAUCUCAGAAGAAAGAACAGAAGACAAUGGAAUCAUCAUCUAAGGCUAUCAAGUCUGCAGAGAAAAAGACAAUGCAAGCUUUGAAGGAUGUAGCUACAGUAGCAAGUAUCAACAAAUCUAGGAAGACAUAUUGGUUUGAGAAGUACUACUGGUGUAUCAGCUCAGAGAAUUACAUCAUCAUUGCUGGACGAGAUCAACAGCAGAAUGAGAUAGUUGUCAAGAAAUAUCUCUCUCCAGGUGACAUAUAUGUCCAUGCUGACAUUCAUGGAGCUAGUAGUGUGAUCAUCAAAAAUCCUAAAGGAGGUCCUGUCCCUCCUAAGACUCUGCAAGAAGCAGGUACCAUGGCCGUUUGUUACAGCGUUGCUUGGGAUGCUAAGGUCAUUACUAGUGCCUGGUGGGUACGUCAUGACCAGGUCUCUAAGACUGCACCCACUGGCGAGUUCCUUACCACUGGAAGCUUCAUGGUCAGAGGUAAAAAGAACUUCCUUCCACCUACUCAACUUGUGAUGGGUUUUGGAUUCUUAAUGAAGAUUGAUGAAAGCUGUGCAUGGAGACACAAAGAUGAGAGGAGAAUACGAGGUACAGAUGAAGAGGAUCUUACUUCUGUAGCUGACACAGUAGAGACUGAUAUAAUUGUUGAGGACAUUGAGGAGGAUGAUGAUGAGGAUGGAAGCACUGAGGCAGACAUACAAGAGGAUGCUGAAACAGAUGAAACAGAAAUCAAAGAGGAACAAGAAGAUGACGAUGAAGAGGUUGCGAAUAAGGAGGAGGAGGAGGAGGUUGAGGAGCAGUCAUCAGAGGUGAAGCAGGAGGUAGACGAUGACAAGGAGAACUUCUACCCAGAUACCACUAUACAGCUGCAUCAUGUGCAGGGUGAAAGAUAUGAGAGCCAGCGUAACCGUGGAUCUAGUGUGAUGAGUGCUGGUAGUUACCAGUCUGGUGAUGGGGAUAUAGAUGAAGACGGAAAAGCUAUCAUCUAUCUAGGGGAUGAUGUACCUAUUGUUCUUGGAGGACCAAAGAUUAAGCCUCAGCAUAAAGCAAAUCCCAAAUUGACUGCCAAGCAAAAGAGAGACCUCAAGAAACAGAAGAAAAGAGAAGAGGGGCCUGCCCCCGACGGACCAGAUGAAAGCACACCUGACACUGGUAGGAGAGAUGAGGAAGAGAAUAGCCAGGAGGAAGGAGAGGAGAAGAAUGAGAGGGUAGCAGAAGUGGAGGAUGAUGAAGAGGAAGAGGAAAAGACAGAAGAACAGAAUUCAGGAGCACCUUCUGUCUCAAGAAGUGUCUCACAAUCCAGUAGUAAUACAAACCUACCACCGGCCAAAAGAGGACAAAAGCACAAACAGAAGAAGAUCAAACAGAAGUAUAAAGAUCAGGACGAGGAGGAGAGGAGGCUAAAGAUGGAAAUCUUGGCAUCUGCAGGUAAUUCUAAAGAGAUCAAGGGGAAGAAAGGUAGGAAGGCCAAGCGACAAGAGGAACAACUCCAACAAGCGCAUCAAAAACAUCUACAAGCACAAAAUAAGAACUCAAAACAAAAUGAACAACCAAAGCAACAAAGCAAUAAAGACGGCCAGCAGAAUCCACAAAAAAAGCGACAAGGCAUGUCAGUUUUAUCACAAGGAAGAACAGAAGGUCAAGAGCAGGGUCAGAGGUUAGAGGUCACAGAAGAGGUUGAAGGAGAUGGUACUGGGGUAGAAGCAGAGGAGGUCGUGGGAGGAGAUGAACAAGAGGAGAAUGCAGAACAGUCAGAAGAAUCAUCUAUCAAGCCUGUAGUAAAGACACACACGUGGCAAGCUAAGAAAAAGAAAGGAACCACAGAUGAACAAAACCAGGGGGAGUCUGAUGAUGAGGUAGAUGCAGCUGAAGCCAAUUCAAAAUUGAUGGAGGAGAGUGUAUCUGUUUUGGACACUUUGACUGGCUGUCCUGAUCCUGAGGAUCUCCUAAUGUUUGCAAUACCAGUGUGUGCCCCUUACAAUGUGAUGAACAGCUACAAAUUCAAAGUGAAGCUUACUCCUGGAACAGGCAAGAAAGGAAAAGCUGCUAAGACUACCCUCAAUAUGUUUCAACACUCCAAGGAAACAACUCCAAGGGAGAAAGACCUUUUCAAAGGAGUCAAGGAUGCAGAUCUAUCAAGGAAUAUACCAGGAAAGGUCAAGCUGUCAGCACCGAAUCGCAAUCAAAAGAAGAAGAAGAAAUGAUGAGGAAUAAUGCAUAGAUAAACUGUACAUGGUCUUCCUUGUAUUUUAAUGAUGUCAACUUGAUGUCCAGAACUAUUUGAUACCAUACGUAUGUUUACAUCACAGUACAUUAGAUAUGGUUGAAGUCCAAGACUGUUAAUAUUGUAAUUUAUACUCCUAAGGGAGCAGAGCAUACCAUACGCGCUAUUACAUGUAUGUGCGGAUUACCAAUUGAAUCCAAUGACGGGUGUAAUAAUAAUUACAAGCUUAAGUGCUUAAAAACAUAGUAUUAAGUGCUGUACAAAUGUGACUAUCAUUAUUAUUAUUAUUAUACUGGUCUCACUAUUACUGAUGUCCACGUGUACACCAAAUUGACUCCAAAACUUCUUGAAAACAAGGGAUUUGUACCGUAAGGGUAAUGUAAUUUUCUGUUGGGUCUAUUGUUGGUCAGGGCCCCAUUUCACAAAACUUCACAUCACUAGAAAGCAAUUAAAAACCUACUCCAUCUCAAAGCAGGUCAGAGUUUUGGUGCUUGUUCUCUACUCGUCUUGUAACUUUCUGAAAGUGGGCAAGUGGUAUCAGUUCAAUUCAGAUGUAGAUCACUUGGGGUUUACAAACAAAACAUAUAUUUUGUGAGAAAGAUCUGAAUUUCUAAAGAUCUCAAUCACUGAUGGAUUUCCAGAAUAAGCACCAUUGCAUGGUCAUAAGAGAAUUUCUGUACAAUAAACCUGAAAUUGUACUUAUAAAAUUAAAACAAAUCUUGGAAUAACAAUUUUUGCAUAAUCAUGUUAAUUCAAUAAUGUUGGCUGCUCAAUUCUUAUGUCUUUAAAGCUAUUUUUCCUUUUCUAUUGCCUAUAAAAUGACAAGUUGCCACAUAUGGCAUACUAUAGUUGCCAAUUUGACAUGCCAUGAUCAGUGGGGCCUUAAACUGUAACUGCAUUAUCAUUUAUCCAAACAGGAUUGCAUUCUGAAAGCGAUCACUGGAGCACUGUAUAGCAUUAUAAGUAAUACCGGUAGUAAAUCAAUAUAUUUUAAGAAUGAGAGUUUAAAAAUUUUAAAAUGUUGUAUUUUGAUGAUUGAAAGCUGAACUUGAUUAACAGAAGAGUACCAUAUCAAUAAAUGUCAUUAAAAGUUUGGCAUAAUCUUGGAUGCAACUCAUAGUUACCCCUGUACAUUGUACAAUUUCUAUUAUACAGACAUACUUGAAAUGUGUAUUAAAUGAACAGAUAUUAUUAUUUGUACAUUAUGAAAUGUAUUGCUAUCCAUGGGAUAUUUAUGUUUAAAUAAAUAAUUGUUCAUGUUCAGUUUGAUAUGAUUCUUUAAACUUAUUUGACUUGCAAUACCUUUUUCACUCUAAGCUUUGAUUUCCCUGAAAAGCUUUAACAUUUAGACCAGGAUACAACUAUUUUGUGGAUUAUAACUGGCCAAGUUUGAAUUCAAAGCCAAGUGUAUUCAACUUGAUAAAACAAAGGGGUAGACCAGACAAUGUUUAUAGUGCUAUGUAAAAUUGUCAAAUAAAUCAUGCUAUUACUAAAAAUAAA